GUUUUGCAUUCAAUCCUGAUGCUCCGAUCUUCGACCCAUCAGCUCCCAACAUCGCCACGGCGCCAGAGAACAUUCAGGAGCUCCACUUCCACUGGAUGAGGUCGGCCAGUGAGUGGGAAGCCGGCACUGCGUAUUCAGCCCUUGUCUUGACAUGGUUUGUGGAUCAAUAUAGACAGGGCCAACACAUUUGUCUGCAACCACGCCCUGUGCGCCUUCAUGCAGAUUUUCGACAAUGGACAGAGCAGCUUCGCAGUGCAUGGCCAGAUAGAUCACUGCCAGGGGCACCAGUCAUGAUCCACGUGGUGACGCCUCCACCUCCACAUCUACAAGCAGACAUUGCAGCCCAUGUGAUCAUCGUGCAAAAUCCCCAAGAUGAAUUAUCCACGGUGCUUCUCACAGGCUAUGAUUCGUCCAUUACCACGCUUGGACCAUUCGUGCAGAUGGCGAUCACCACUCAGGAGAAUCUGGUCCUUGACCCGGUCCUGAUGCUCAUCGGAUUAGGCGGAAGAUGUUUGCUUCCAGAUGCUCCCAUGACCUGCACAGCUUGGUACAAUAGAUAUCCAGUAUAUCUUGGACGCCCAUUUCCAAUCCGUGAUGGAUACGGGAUCGUACUCCAGCUUAGCCCAAGGCAGACACAACAGAGCACUUCGAGCGGAACUGCCCUUCUGCAAACCAAUCUUCAAAUUCUCAGAAACCCACAGAUCGAUGACACCACACAUACCCCUUGCGAGCGCCAAACAGCUGAUGCGGUGGCUCAUGCUCAGCGGCCGCAAGUGGGUUCAGAUGAGCUCUUUGACAUCUUUCCAGCCAUAGGACAGAAGCGAUGUCAGGACUGGAAUGACCUACAAGUACGCACUCUGAUCCAGGUGGUACAUGCACCCAUUGAUCCAAAUGAAGUUCCUCCCCCAACUCUUCUGGAAAUGCAGGAGAUUUAUUCAGCACAGGAUGUCGCAGAGGAACUUCGAUCUUGGGGCUUCAAUUACAGAGCCUUUCUCUGCGGAGAACAUGAUGUUGUAUUUGCGCACCCUGCUGAGGGUCAAACGGAAGAGCGCAUCUACAUUUACUGUAACACGAACACAGACGCAGAUGAACCAGUCUUCACUCACCACACCAAACAGAUGCUUUCUGAACAUCAACACAUGCGAUUCCUGUACACGAAGGGCUUUCGAAAAGCUGUCGUCAUGCAACAGGAAACAUGGACACCUCAACUCACAUGUGUCCACUUCAGUGAUGUCUGCCCUGAACAAGAAUCGAACCAGAGAGCGUCCAGACCCAGAACACCGUGGCCUGCGGCACAACCAUGCGGCCCUGACAAUGCUUGCAUGAUUGACAUCGAGCAUUUGGAACAUCAUGAAAAUUUACAAUGCCAACUUGUCUUCGAUGUUGACGAGUUACAUGAGUUCCUUGCUGCCGACAACAGCCACAUUCUAUGGAAGGAUUACCAUCAGUUUGAACUGCCUAGUUUCAUCAGAGAGGCCCUUGACCGAUGCCGAUCUGUUGACAGAAUCGACCGCUAUGUGAUUUUUACUGAUGGAUCUUCCCAAACGUGCCACAAACACAAACCCCCGCUUUGGAUUGCAGAGAAUGACAUCAGCGAUUCAUGGGCAUUUGCAGUGUUUGCAGAACAAUAUGGCACACAGCCUGCCGAACCCUCGACACUGGAGUUCCUGGGGUGGUCAUGCCAAACAGUCUUGUACGACCAGGAUGCAGCACACUCCAUAGGAACUUCUCGCAUUGGAUCCGAUGCAUCAGAAACAGAGGCCAUGGCGCCUCAGCCGCAACGAUGUGGUGCCAACUGUUUUCGUGAGCAGUCAACAUGUGCACGUUUCAGUCUAUCCUCCGACAUCUAUGGAUUGCCACUGCUGCUGACAAAGACAGGGUACUCUGUCCCACCGAUUGCACUUCCUCCGGAUCAACCAGUUUCUACAGUGUUGCCAAAGAAAACUGGCAAGCCUAUGACCUUCAACAUCAGUCUAGGCCAUCUGGGCGUGGAAUUGUGGGUGAAUUUGGAUCAGCCAUACGCCCAGCGAGGUAUUUCCUCUCGCUUCUUCAAACGCUCUGACUUUGUGGUUGUCUCUCAAUCGCCCAGACAUUUACUUGUCCAUGCUCAGAAUGAAGAUCUUGAUUUUUGGCUUCUUAGUGCGCAUGCACCACAUGGAGGAACGGCUCAGGAUGGGAGGGAAUUUUGGUGGAAUCAGAUGUCUCAACUUAUCCAUGAGCAUGUUCGACAUGGAGAUCUACUCACCAUGAUCGAUGCCAAUGCGAGAUCAGGCCGCACAGAUGAGAUCCACGUCUUUGAGAACGAUGACACAGCAAAUACAAAUACAGGACUCUUCAGAGAAUUCCUUGCAGAACACAAUUUGUGUGCACCUGCCACUGCAGCGCAACAUGAAGGAGAACGAACCACAUGGCUUCAUCCAAACGAAGACCGUGAAUAUCGAAUUGACUACGUUUUGGUUCCCACUUCAUGGCAUGCCUCUUGCCUCAAGUCUUGUAGCCUGGAUCAUCUGGACUUUGGACAUUUAGGAGACCAUCGCGCAAUGGCAGUUGAACUUCAAUGGUAUGGAACCACCACGGUGUCUCCAGCGUCUUGCUCUCAUGCCAAAUAUGCGCGUGACAGGAUCCCAACCAUUUCACUUGAGAAUGCCUUGGAAGCGUAUCAACCACUGCUUUGGAAGACAGAUAUCGAGACACAGGUUGACCACUUCAACCACUUCGUUCAGCAGACUCUUCAUCGACAAUGUCCAACUGAACGCCAUGGACCAAAAAAGUCCUACAUCACAGAUCAGAUGUGGCAACUGCGAGCUCGGAAGUUGCAUCUCCAAAGACAGACAAAGCUCAACAAGAAGAAACAAAGGUCAGAACUUCUUGCCAGGAUCUUCUUGGCCUGGAAUGGACAACUUGAUCACGACCGCAUGACUGCAGCCAGAUGUUUUGAGUUCUCCCUUGUCACCAGUGACCUCAAGACAAGAGUGGAACUUUAUCAAGUGGCUUCUCAACUCAGAAGGGCACUGACGGCUGCCAAGCGUACUCAUGUACAAGCAGCGAUCAAUAGCCUCCCUCCAGAUAGUGCGGCGUCUAGCAUCCUGAACACGCUCAAGCCUAUCAUUGGACCUACCAACCCGAAACUCCGCAAAGCCUCACCAUUGCCAAUGAUCUUGAAUGAAGAUGGCAAACCGUGUGCCACGCCAGCGGAACUCAGUGAUUGCUGGGCGACUUUCUUUGGCUCCAUGGAAGGUGGUGAUCGAGUUUCACAUCAAGGUCUUCGACAAGAUUGGCUGAACAAUCUCAGCUCUUUCAUGCAAUCUGAAUUGUCCUUGACUCCUGCUGACAUUCCAUCCCUGACGGACCUGGAAGCGGCAUACCAACGGGUGCGCCCGCACAAAGCAGUAGGAGAUGACCUCAUCCCGCCUGAAUUGUGUCAUCAACAUCCUGUCCAAUUGGCUCGCAUGACCUUCACUCAAUUGAUGAAGCUCUGCAUUCACGGCCAAGAAACAUUACAACACAAGGGCGGAUUAUUGAUCGCCGCAUGGAAACGGAAAGGUCCCCAAAAUGUAUGCUCAUCAUACAGGUCACUGCUGAUAAGCUCACACGUGGGGAAAACAAUACAUCGGGCCGUCAGAGAUCACCAAGCAGAUGUAUAUGAAUCAUUUCUACAACAUCAGCAAGUCGGCGGCAGAAGACAUUUUCCUGUCACCAUCGGUGUUCAUUACAUCAGAGCAGCUGCCCGUAUCGCUCAACAGGCCAAGCACUCCCAUGCUUUGAUCUUUCUUGAUCUCCAGGAAGCAUUUUACCGGGUACUCAGGCCGAUUGCGAUUGGCGGGCACUUGACUGACUCCAUGCUCGCGACAGUGGCGGGGAGAUUGAACCUUCCAGAGGAUGCACUGCGUGACUUGCAAUACAUCUUACAACUCCCAGCGGCCACCGAGACGGCGGGACUUCCUUUGCAUUUGCGACGUGCACUGCAAGCCCUGCAUACCAACACUCAUUUCCGAGUUCGUGGACAAGAAGAUAUUACCCACACGAGGAUUGGUAGCAGACCGGGAGACCCGUUUGCUGAUGUAGUCUUUGGCUACAUGUUCUCCAGGCUCCUUUCUGCAGUUGAACAACGUAUGCAAGAUCAUGGCAUCCUGGAAGAAAUACAAGACCCUGCAGUGCCAGGACUCUUUCCAGAACAUCCUCAUCAACAUCAAGUUCCCCAUGCCAUUCUCGGACCAACCUGGAUGGACGAUCUCUGCAUCACAGUUUCUGCAGAAACAUCCAUUGGAGCUGAACAAAAGGCGAGCCUUGCAGCGGGCCUUCUCCUCGAGGUAUGUAUGAACCAUGGGGUCACGCCGAAUCUCCAGAAAGGCAAGACCGAAAUUUUAUUCACAUUUCGUGGACCAGGAUCUCGCGCUCUCAAACAGAAAUACUUUAGCCCACAACAGGGCUAUCGCAUGACUGUUGUCACUGAGUACGGCACCCAUGAGAUCUCUGUGGUUGGGGACUAUGUCCAUUUGGGUAGCUUGACCCACCACACGGGCCACUCGAGGAGAGAGAUGAGAAGACGUAUUGCCAUUGGCAACAGUGCAUUCAACGCACACCGACGACUGCUGUUUCAGAAUCAGGAUCUGACGAAUCAGAAACGUGCUGAGCUCUUCAUGACACUGGUCAACAGCAAGAUCUCUUAUGGCACCGAGACAUGGGUGCUUGGAGACUUGCAAUCCCAGAAGUACUUUCACAGCGCGAUCCUGCGCCUGUACAAGCGGUUGUUGAAACUAUCUCCAGACAAUGCAGUUCAAGAUGAUGAGGUUUUGAAUACUGCACAAUUACCAGCUCCAGAAGAACUCUUGCGCUUGGCCCGUCUGCGAUACCUUGGAUUGCUAUACAAAUGUGAAGCGAUUACUCCUUGGGCACUUAUUCGCGCUGACGUUCAAUGGACAAGCCAGGUGCAAGCAGAUUUGCGGUGGCUUUGGAAACUUGUCGCCAACACGACAAAGCUUCCCGAUCCCACAGAGCAUUUCGCAGCAUGGGAGUAUGUGCUCCGCUACCAUCGCAGCUACUGGAAGACGCUUCUUCAGAGAGGUCUACAGCUAGCUCAACUACAUCGACAAGAUGACCUAUUGCUGCGCCGUCUUCAUCAUGAUGUUUUUGCGCACUUGGCCCAUUGGGGACCAAUUCCCCAUGCGCCAAUUCGACCACACAUUCCAGUGGAACGUCAGAUUGGACACUAUGGUUGCAUGCAAUGUGAACUUCGAUGCCGGACCAAAGCAGGGGAAGGUGCACACCUAUUCAAAGUCCAUGGUAUUGUUGCCAAAGAACGCCAUUGGAUCACACACACAGCAUGCGAGGUCUGCCUGAAGGAGUAUCACUCCUUUGACAAACUUCAAGCGCACUUGAGAAGGUCCACCAACUGCAGAGCACAGAUGGCUACAAGACCAUCUCGGCCCUUGAUACAGCCAGGCAUCGGGUCCCGUGACAACAAUCAAAGGAGAGCGCAACACGAUGACCUUCUCCCUACACAACAAGCCGAGGGUCCACGCCAACCUCAGCGUCCACCUGGUGAAGUUGCUCGGUAUCACGAGACUCUGUACGAAGACUUGAUUCUCAUGAUCUUUGACUUCGAGGGCUCAGACCCAGCAGACUUACGAGGUCGACUUCGUGCGUGUAUUCAGACCUAUGCGAUUGGCUGGACGCUCACACAGAUCACAAUCCGACAAGUCCUUGAAGAAUUUGGGAAUCUUCAGGAUUAUGAUGCAGGAAUUUCACGUGAGGAACUCUGUGCAGUGCUCAAUUAUCUGGCGGAGCCAUGUGCAUGGAACUUUCUCACAGAGAUCACCUAUGAAGCGGCAGAGACUGACCAUCUUCACCAGCUUGAUCUGUAUGAACAAUGGUGCAUGGACGUUGCGAAUGCAACUACAUCAUGGAAGCCGACUUUGUGCUGUCCACGCCCUCUCUUCCGUGAACGUGUAGUGCUACACGCAUACUCGGGAAGAAGGAGACCGGGAGACUUCCAGUGGUUCCUAGAUGCUCUAGGCAGGCAGCACAAAUUGGAAGGUUUUUAUGUUGUGUCCUUAGAUAUAGUCAUAGACUCUACGUGGGGUGACAUCAGUAACCAACAGACUCAAAAGUUUUGGCUGGACUCGCUCCGGUCUGGAUUUGUCCUCGGCUUCCUGUCGGGACCCCCUUGCUGCACUUGGUCCAUUGCGAGGGGUAAGAAGGUGGCCAAUUCCAAUCGAAAAGGGCCUAGAGUUCUACGCGACCGAGAUGCCCUCUGGGGAUUCAUGUCGGUGUCGCUGAAAGAGAAGCGGCAGCUCUACGACGGGCAUUUGCUUUUGGGGUUCAGUCUGCAUGCAAUGGUCUUGCUUUCAUCAGUUCAAGGGUGUGGAGCACUUGAACAUCCCGCAGAACCAGCAGACGAGAACGCAGCGAGCAUUUGGAGACUGCCUCUCAUGCAGAUGAUCACCGCUCUCCCAGGAUUUCAGCAUUUUGAAUUCGCACAAGGCCUUCUAGGAGCCGACAGUGCAAAGCGUACUGGGCUACUUGCACUGAAUCUUUCUGACCUCCCGACAUUCUUGCGCGGCAACGCCAUUUGCGCCCAUGUCCCGAGAACCCAGACGAUUGGAAUGGACGAAGCUGGCCAGUUCAAGACAGCUAAAUUAAAGGAGUAUCCUCCUGCACUUUGUAAAGCCUUGGCAGAGGGAUUUUUCUCCACUUUUCCACUGUCCACAGAGACAGUGAAGGCAUCUCAUUUACCUCCGGAGUUCCUUCAACGAUGCAAGCACAUGACUUGCACCACCAUGGGCCAGACCAUUGGCGCAGACUACGCAGGUAAUUGA